CCAGGAGCAGGAGCCAUGGCAGAGGAUGGGGAGCUCAACCGCGUCAUCAAGGAUUUGCAGAAGACCAUCACUGAGCUGAACCGGAGCUACCGAGAGCAGAACCUGCCGGUGACGGACGGGAGCCGGGAGCUGCACAGCCUCUGCGCCCAGCUGGAAUUCCUCCUCCAGUUCGACCUCAAGGAGAAGAGGAACUUCUUUGGGCAACGGAAAGACUAUUGGGACUUCCUGUGCCAGGGCCUGGCACGGCGCCGGCAGGAGCACGAGGGGGUUCGCUUUGUCACCUCGCUGGACAAGCUCAAGACCCCGGUGGGCCGGGCCCGGGCCUUCCUGCGCUACUGCCUGGUGCACCGGCAGCUGGCCGAGUCCCCGCAGCUCUGCCUGCUCGACCCGCAGAGCCUCAGUGAGUGGUACUACGCCCGCAGCCCCUUCCUGAGCCCGCAGCGUCGGGCCGAGAUCCUGGGCAGCCUCUACGAGCUGGACGGCGUCACCUUCCACCUGGCGCUGCGCCGGGCGGACCUGGACACCCACCUGGCCUCCCUGGCCGCUGCGGCACAGGAGGAGGCUCAGCAGAGCCGGCAGCAGCUCCGGGCCCAGCGGCAGGAGGGGGAGCGACUGCAGGAGCAGCUGGGCAGAGCACGGCAGGAUGGAGAGCGCUGGGCAUCGGCCCUGCAGCGGGCACAGCGCGAGGCCCUGGAGCGGGAGGCCACGCGUGGCGAAGAGCAGGCCCGGCAGCAGGAGCUCAUCCGCGACAUGAAGGGGCGGCUGCUGGAGCUGCUGCGGGAGAAGGAUGCACUGUGGCAGAAGACGGAGGGCAUAGACCCACAGAUGCCCAGCGUGGCACCGCACAACAUGGGGCUGUGUGCCCGCUGCCGCAAGGAUUUCCGCCUCCUCUCGCGACGAUACAGCUGCAGGUUGUGCCAGGGCAAGGUGUGCCACGCGUGCUCUGUGGACGUGGGCAAGCAGGGCCGUUGCUGCCUGCUUUGCUACCAGCAAAGGCAACAGCAGGCCACGUGA